CAGAUAAUCCAGAAUCUUGGGUCUGAUGCAAGCUGGAUUUAUCCAUGGCCAUGAUACCAACAUCUGUCGUGACUUCACAGUAAGCUAGCUGAACACGAGAGAGUGCUGAGUGUGAAUACUCCUUCAUCAUCAAAGAAGAAAAGUGUUCCUGAACCUCAAGUAAAGAGAAAACAUGGGAGAGACGGGGAGCAAGGUGGUCUUGAGGGAGACAUCUGUUGAUGGAGUCCAGCCCCAGCCGACGCCAGCACUUGCCAUAGACGGGUUAACCAAAACCAGCAAGAUGAAGGUGAAAUGGACCCAACUGGGCCUGGUGUUUUUCUUACUGCUGUCCAUCAUCAUGACUUCUUGCUUCAUUUGGCAGUACCAGCUGCCCAAAUUAGUGCUAGAAGAAAGUACUGGGGAAAGAUCCAAAUCUGUGAGAAUGUGCCCUCGCUUCCCAGAGCCCUCACCUCUUGAACACCCCAUUCCCUCUUUGAAGGAGGCACUUGAGAAGGUUGAUGCACUUCUGCGCAAUAACAUCAACCCCGUCAGUCUGCCCUCAUUGUCAGCUAUUGUUACUUACAAUGACACAGUACUGUGGACAGGGAACUUCGGCAAGAAAAAUGGAACUGAUCCUAACUCUGCACCACCAAAUGAAUACACCAUUUACAGAAUUGCCAGUGUAUCCAAGAUCUUUCCCACCCUGAUGCUGUAUCGGCUGUGGGAAGAUGGCAAAGUAGGCUCUCUGGAUGACCCACUGGAGAAGUAUGUGGACAACUUCACCAUUAAAAACCCCUUGGGCAAAAGCAGAGACUCUGAGCUGAAAUACGUCACUGAUGGCCUGAUCUUCCUUGACAGCGGUGAGGUUCAGAUCCGAUCGUCCUCUGUAACAUUAAGAAGAAUGGCCAGCCAGCUUUCUGGUCUACCCAGAAGACUCCGUGGAACUAACUUACUGUGGAAAGGGAAGACAAAGGCUGCAAUCAACCUCCUGCAAGAUGAUGUGCUCGUUGCUGAUCCAGGGACCAAAUGUCACUACAGCAAUUUGGCGUUCUCUUUGCUCGCCCAUGUCCUAUCUGAGAGAGUUGUGGGCAUCAAUUAUCAGCGAUGGAUCACGGAUAACAUUCUGGGCAGGCUGGGAAUGGAGGACACAGGGUUUGACAUCAACCCUGGUAUCCAAAGUCAAAUGGCUGUAGGUGUGUACGCCAGUGGCCAAACAGCACCUCUCUAUGAUUUGGGUUGGUACCGCCCCUCGGGCCAGAUGUAUUCAACAGCUGCUGACAUGGCUAAAUUAUCAAUGAUGUUACUGGGAGCCUAUCACCGCAAGCUAUUGGAGCCUGACACUUUAAAAAUUAUGCUAACCCCUCUGUUCCGCUGCGACAAAGACUACUUCGCCAACCGCACCGGAACACCAUGGGAAGUGAACGAACAGAUGGGAUAUGAAGUGCUUCGCAAAGAUGGUGAUCUAGAUGGCUACUCCGCUACAUUCUCUCUGGUGCCUCGGCUUAAGCUAGGAUUGGUGGUGCUAAUGGCAGGCACACGGCCACAGAACCAGGAUAUGGUUUCAAAGGCCUACUCAUAUAUCAUUCCCGCCAUGGAGAAGGCCUUCAGGGAGGCCAGGCGGUUUCUUAUUCCUCCCCCGAGUCCUGCACCCUAUGUCGGAUUUUACACUUACGGCAACAUCACGUUUUAUGAGAUUAAAGCAGGGCCAGACGGUGUCUUGAUCAUGCAGCAGUUUGGACCUCAAAUUGAAGAUCUCAUCCCUGAGCGGUACCGGACCAUAAAAUUGAAUUACCUAGUGGACCGAGUCUUUAGAGUUGUGUUUGAGAAAGAGUAUCCUUGUGUGCUGCGUGUCAACACUGCAUCCGUGUCCCUCGAAGCUCAAGAUGGGCAGCUGUUUAACUUUUAUAUCUUUGACAAGAAAGGCGUAUCUCCUGGAUUCGAUGCUCCAGGGCUCAACACAUAUAAUGUGAUUAGAAUAUCCCGCAGACCCACAUUCUCUAACUGAGGAUGAAAUGGUUACUGAAGGCUGUGCUCUGAGACACUGGGGGUUUAUACACAAGCGACUGAAUCAAAUCAUAACAGUGGAUGGUUACCACUGUCAUUGUUUUUCCUGUAAUAGCUUGUUUACCCUGUGAAAUUUCAGCAUAACCUAUUUUUGCACGUGCGUUUCAAAUCCUUGUUUGUCUGUGUGUGUGUGUGUGUGUGUGUGUAUAUAUGUCCUUAUAUUUUCAUAUCCUUACUUAUAUAUAUAUAUAUAUAUACAUUUGCUAUUGUUUAUAAAUACCUAUUUGUACAGUUAGCAUCAUACAUAAAUUAUUAAAGCUAUUUCCUUAUUAUGAAAGAUCCAUGUGUUUUUGUUUUUGUUUUCCCAAACAAAAUAAAAUUAUUUGAAUAAUGAGCUCUUAUAGAGUUUAUCUCACUGAGUUUAUUAGUCUCACUAAAUCAUAAUAAAUCUAAAAUGAUACUGCAACUGAAUAUGCAGAAAUAAAUCCAGUUUCCAGUGCUUUCAAAGUAUUUAAUGCGAAAUAAGUCAUGUUUCAAGUCCU